GUCUCCACGCAUUGCCCACUUAGGUUAGCUAGACCAUAUAUCUCUGUUGUUAUCCUUUAGCGUAACAACAGGACAAUGCAGGUGGCUUCGCGCGCUUCGGUGCGCCCCUUCACGGCGGCUCGCCAGCCCCGCUCUCUUGUUGUGGUGAACGCGUCCUCGGAUGCUCGCCUGCGCCUGCACAACCUGAGCCCCGAGCCCGGCAGCCGGCGUGAUGAGAAGCGCAAGGGUCGUGGUUAUGCUGCUGGCCAGGGUGGCACCUGCGGUUUCGGUAACCGUGGUCAGAAGGCGCGCUCGGGCCCCAGCGUGCGGCCUGGCUUUGAGGGUGGCCAGACCCCUCUCUACCGCCGCCUGCCCAAGCUGCGUGGUAUUGCCGGCGGCAUGAGCGCUGGCCUGCCCGACUUCGUGGUGGUGAACCUGGAUGACCUGGAGAAGCACUUCAACGCUGGCGAGGACGUGACCCUGGCUGCCGUGAAGGAGAAGGUGAAGAGCAUCAGCGGCCGCGAUGCCUCCCUACCCCUGAAGGUGCUGGGCACUGGCAGCCUGAGCAAGUCGCUGAACGUGCACGCCACCGCUUUCUCGGAGUCUGCCAAGGCUGCCAUUGAGGCUGCCGGCGGCAAGGCCGAGGUGCUGGCCGCUAAGACCAAGUGGACCAAGAAGGCGCACAAAGCCCUGGUCGCGGACAUGGCCGCCAAGGGCAUGGACUACGAGAAGGAGAAGCUGAAGAAGCGGAUUGACAACCUGAAGGCGAAGGGCAUGUUCGAGGAGCGCGUGCCCAAGGCGAAGCCCGCCGCUGCCGCUGCUGGCAAGAAGAAGUAAGCGCCUCAAGCGCUUGCGAGUAUACACGCAUGGCCAGGCCGGCGUUUGCGCAGAUCUGAAGGACACGGUUAGCCAAUGGCGCUGCACAGCUGGCAGCAGCCGCAGCCGGAGGCGAGCUUGACAGGCGUUGUGCGUUGGCUCGUUCCGCGCCUGAGUGCAGCACGGGUCGGUUUACCAUGGGCUCUCAGAACCUAAGGGCCAGCACGUGGUUAGGACCGGCGUCUCUUGACUACCGGUUGCGGUAGGUUGAGGCGGAGAGUCGGCAUGUUUGCAUGACAGACUGCUUCGCAGGUGGUAGGCGGUGGCAGGCAAGACCCUAGCCCGGCAAUUUUGGGAUGUGAGCCGAGGGGUUGUGUCUGGGACAUGAGUCAUGUAAGGUGGGUGACUGGAGGAUUUCGUGCGUGGUUCAAGUGUGCAAGGCAAGGUGGUGUCAGGUGUAGACUGAGAGGGUGAGAGGCGUCGCAGUGCGCUGGCGUCGGGGUUACCCUGUAAAUUGACAAAUAC